AUGCUCGCUUUUGUCGUCCUCCUCCCCAUUCUUCCCCUUUCCUUCGUUUGGUCGGCGCCGGCUGGCAACGCCCCCGCCCCCGGCCCCGACGACCUCGUCCUGGGAUCAACUUCGUGGGAGUACUACGUCCCCCCCAGCGUCUCCUGCCAUAUGGACACCGACGGGACCAUCCUGGUCGUUGUCUGCUCUGCUGAGCAGGACCACAACAAUCGCGCCCGUACGGCCCCCGUCCUGGCGCAGGUCGCCGCCGGAGCGUCGACGGACAUUGUCCUGGGCUCCACUGACUGGGGCUUAUGCCAGCUGCCCAGGCUCGUUUGCCACGCAGCCCGGGACGGAGACACGUUUUUGACGCUUUGCGUCGUCGAGUCUGCCAGCGAGACCGCUGCCGACCUUGCCCCGGCCCUCGCCCACUUGGCCGCGGUCGCCCUCGAGCCCGCCACGGAGAUCUAG